GCAGUCUCCUCCCCGUUCCUUCUUCGGCCCGCUCCAAUCUAGGGCCGCCACGGCCGUCCUCCUCUCCGUCUCAUGGUUCGGAUCUGCGACAGGAAGAUGAAGGUGCUCUUUGCCGUGACUCUCAUCGUCGGCUCGGCGAUGUUCCUCCUUUUCCCGAGCGGAUCGGAGGCUGAGGAGAAGAAGAAGGGCCCCAAAGUGACGGUCAAGGUUUAUUUUGACAUUAAAAUUGGAGACGAGGAUGUUGGCAGGAUUAUCGUCGGCCUGUUUGGCAAAACCGUACCUAAAACAGUAGAAAACUUCGUUACGUUGGCAACUGGAGAGAAAGGGUUUGGUUACAAAGGCAGCAAGUUCCAUCGUGUCAUCAAGGAUUUCAUGAUUCAAGGUGGUGAUUUUACCAGAGGAGAUGGCACUGGAGGAAAGAGCAUCUUUGGAGACCGUUUCUCAGACGAGAACUUCAAGCUGAAGCACUAUGGCCCAGGGUGGCUGAGCAUGGCCAAUGCUGGAAAAGACACAAAUGGCUCUCAGUUCUUUAUCACCACUGUGAAGACACCGUGGCUGGACGGAAGGCAUGUCGUAUUUGGGAAGAUCCUGGAAGGCAUGGAUGUUGUUAAAAAAAUUGAGGGCACAAAGACGGAUGGAAGGGAUAGACCUCUUAGCAACGUGGUCAUUUAUGACUGUGGCAAGAUUGAAGUAACAAAGCCAUUUGCAGUUCCAAAGGAAUAAUUUGGUGUUGCAUAAUUAAUACUGGAUGACUUGGGAAGACACCCAAAUGAUGUCACCAUGACGCUCAUGGGAACUGCGGUUCUCAAAGGGUUCCUUACACUGGAGUGGUUACUGCCAAUGGGCAGUCUUAGCCUUCUGUCAGCAUUAGCACUUCACUGCAGAGCAAUACACUUUGGGUACAUGCCAAGAAUAUUUUUUAUAUCAAACAAAUCUUCAAUAAAGGCCAUUUUUUUUC